GUAUGAUAACUGUAAGAGAUUGUAUUUAGAAGUGCACAAAGCAUUUUGGGUAAUUGUUGUUAUCAUAUUGGGAUGCCUGUGCCAUAUAAAUGACGUCACAAACAAAAUUACAUUCAUCGCUUGCCGAACAUGCGUCGUAAAAUAACGCCUCUUCAAAAAGCUUAUGCUUUAGUGCAAUUGGAAACCGGGAAUUACAGCAUAAGGCAGGUUGCAAGGAAGACGAGGAUUUCCAAGAGCUCUGUGCAUAGAAUAUCAAAAGAUCGAAGCAACUUGCUACAUAACAACGGCGUGUCUAAGGUCAAACGUAAACCCGGAAGAAAGCCAAAAAUUAAUGAAAGACAGAAAAGGAUGUUGCUUAGAAGCAUAAAAAGACUCCGACAACGGAAUGUUAACUUCACGUCUACAGAUUUGCUGAGGGAUGCAGGAUUAGAUCCCGCUAUAGCAAGCCGGAGGACUAUAACACGGUAUUUAAACUCGUGGGGGUAUUUUUUCAUGCAAUCUCGUAAGAAAGGACUACUUACAGACAAAGAUAAAAAGCUACGCUUGAAACAUGCAAAGGCCAUGAGGGGUAUAUUGAAAGAGUGGCCAGACUAUUAUACGCAGCAUAUAUCGUUUUAUUUGGACGGCGUAUCUUUUGUACACAAGUACAAUCCCAUGCUCGAGGCAACAAAACCCAAGGCAAGAGUGUGGAGAAAGAAAGGAGAAGGCCUUAAUAUCACAGCAAAGGGAAGCAAAGAAUUAGCUGGAGGGCGGAGAUUUCACCUUAUCGUAGCGGUUGCAUAUGAAAAAGGAGUUGUGCUGUGUGAACCAUACGAACAAAUGAAUGCGCAGUUUUUUUCAACUUUUGUUAAAGAUCAUUUUAAUUUAACAUUUGCAAAAGCUGGUCCUAAAGCAAAUCAAAGCCGAAUAUUUGUCAUGGAUAACGAUCCCAGUCAAACAAGCAUCAUGUCUAUGCAAGCUAUACAUGACAUAGAGGCUGAUUUUCAUCGCCUUCCAAGCCGUUCUCAAGACUUGAAUCCUCCUGAGAAUGUUUUUCAUAUUGUAAAGGUUUUUGAUCCUUGA